AUGAUAGGAAGCGGUAGUAAGCAUGUUAGUAGCAGUAGUGUUGCUCAGCCUAGAUUUAUGAACUCAAAACUAGCCUCACCUCCACCCUUUUCUCCCAGCAAGAGGAAUGUACCACAAUAGCAGUAGCAAAAUUUAUCACAGAAAGUUCAGUUAAAAAGAUCUAAAAGAACUGAAAAAGAAAAUGAUAAUGACUAUACUAAGCAGACACAUUAGGAGUAAGAAAUAAAUACUGUUCUAUAUGCUUGGGGAUCUGAUUCACAUGGACAGCUUGGAAUAUAAGGAAAAAGAAAAAAUUAUCUAACUCCCAAGCAAUGCUAGUUUGGUAUAGUUGUUUCCAAAAUUUCUUGCGGAUUUGAUCACACAGCAAUAAUUACGAGUAACUUAUUAAUCUUUGAUUAUUCAAUUGUAGAUCAAGGCAAUCUAUAUAUGAUGGGUUCAAAUAAUGAGGGCAAACUAGGACUGAAUGAAAAAUCUAUCUAGAGCAUUUUAUCUCCUUAGCUCGUUGAUACCCUUUUGCAUUCUUAGAUAGCUUCAGUUUCAUGCGGUGACUAACAUACAGUAGCUGUCAGUUCUACCGGAGAGUGUUAUUCUUGGGGCCAGGGAACGAACGGUGCUCUAGGAAUUGGCUAAGUCAUUUAGAGGUUUAAGCCAACUUAAAUCGAGGAAUUAAAAGGAUAAGUAAUUAUUGAUGUAUAAUGUGGUGCAAAGCACACUUUGCUUAUGAACGUAAAUCAUGAAAUAUUGUCUUGUGGAAAUGGAAUGAAUGGAUAACUAGGAUUAGGAGUCAGUAGAAACGAACUAUUUCCCAAGAAGAUUAUAUUCCCAAAUCAGGCAACCAAAAUAGUAUGCUUUUCAGCUGGGAAUUACCACUCAUUAUUUCUGGAAUAAAAUGGCGAAGUAUUUGGAUGUGGUUCAAAUGAUCAAGGAUAAUUAGGUAUUGCAGACAUUUAAUAUACAUUAACUCCUCAGAAAAUACCAAACUUGUAGAAUGUGACAUAGAUUUCUUGCUUUGAUUCAUCAAUGGCAGUAAAUUAAAUGGGCUAAGUAUUAAUAUGGGGUCCAUCUCUUGUUGAUCAAUCUUUUUCGCAUCAUAUCUAGCCAGUCACUUCAAUCCCUAAUCAAGCACUAAAAAUAAGGAUGGGAAGAACCAUGGGUGUAAUAAUGGACAACUAGAAAAUGGUUUGGGUGUUUGGAGCAAACAAAAGAGGCGAUUUAGGGGUUGGUGACUAUGGCAAGAGGUUACAUCCUUACCCUCUAGUAAAUCUUCAAGAAAAAAAUGUGACUGAUAUCUAGAUUGGCAAUAACUACGCAAUAGCUAUAACAGAAUUUAUGCUUGAAGAGAGAAAAUCAGAGAAGAAAUAAACUUAAUAGAACAAGCCUUCUUAGCAGACUAACUAGGUUAUAAUGAAGGAUUCUUUAGCUUCAUCUUCAAUAAUGACCAAUAAUGGAUAAGAUAACUGUUCUACUAUAAACGUCAACAAUGGUCAUUAAAACUCGAAUUUUUACACUUACUCAUCUCAAAAUCAAUAAGAAAUAGAGAGACAGAUUCACGAUUUCAAGAGUUAAAGGUAGAUUGAGUUGAUUAAAAAGGAUGUAGACAGAUUGACUAAGUAGUAAAAGAACUAAAAUGACUAUAUAGGCAGUUUAGAAAACGAGAUGCAUCGAAAGAAUCACAUGAUAGAAGAACUUCAGUAUUAGAUACAAUAGUUUUAGGCUAGUUAAAGUCAAAGUUAAGUUACAAUGCAAUAGCAACAGCAAUAGUUUCAAAGCAAUUCUCAGCAUAAUCCAUUCCACUAAAAUAUGCUCUAAUAGUAGCAGUAUUCUCCCUAGUUCUUAGACACUAAGCUUUAGUCUUAGGAUCUUAAUUAGCAGUUGCAUAUGAGUGGGUAGCCCUCAUAAUAAUCAAAUCAAUUAUUCACUGAGUCAAAUAAUGAACAGCCAAACAAAGAUAAACAAUCUAAUAAGAUAAAAGCGAUGAAGGAUAAGAUUAAUGAACUUCAAUAAUAGCUAAAUUAUACAAAGCAAUUAGAGGAAAAAGAAAGAGAGUUAAGGUUUGAAACUUAGCAAAAGUUAGUAGAAUUAGAAGAGCAAUAUCAAGCUUAAUAGGAAAUUAAUCUAGAGACAAAGCGCGAAAUAGAUUAAAUGGUUUAGGAGAUAUAGCAGCUUUAGACAGACUAUAAAGCUAAAGAAGAUGACUUGUCAAAUAGACUAGAUGAUGCUUUUCAGCAGUUGCAAUCUAAUAAGUAAAUUAUGGAUGAGCAUAGGCUUCAAUUAGACAUAUUUGCUAAAAAUAAUGAAGAACUCAAGAUGGAGUUGAGGAGGCAAGACGAAAUUAAUCAGAUAUUGCAAAAAGAGAAUACAGACCUCCUAAAUUAGAUUCAGAAAUUUAGUCAUAGUGAAAGUCUUCAGUUAAGCUAACUGACAAUUGGUAAUAAUUAGCUGAAAACUGAUUCGAGAGGUAGGUAAACUCCUAUUAUUAGUCAGCUCUUCAACUAAAACCUUCAAAAUUCAGGAGGAGGAAGCAAUGAAAAUUUACAGAAGUCAAGGAUAUUCAAAUCUCCAAUGCCUUUUAAUCUUGAUAAAUCUUCUAAGUCUUUAAAUACUUCCCCUAUGCUAGGAUAAAUAAAUACUUUUGAGCCAUAGAUUUUGAACAGGAAUCCAAGUAAAAAGCCUUUUGAUUAUAAUGUUCAACAGUAGUAAAUGUACUUGAAUCAAGGAAUUGGCUAUACAGAAAAUAGUAUGUUUGCUUAAAAUACUGAGAAUAGAAUAGACUCAAGAUAGUCAAGACAGUCUCAAAGAUAGAUGCUAGAAGAGUAUAACCUCAGACUCCUAAAGUCUAUAGAGAGGAAAGCCAAGAAAAUUCAAACAGGUACUGAUGACUUUAGCUAAGCUGACGGAGCUGAUAGUCGCGCAGUGAGUCCUAAAUCAAUUAAAAUCAAUGAGAUAUAUAAGUAAUAUGAAGAUGCUAAAUCCCCGCCUAGAGUGGAGAGCUUCAAGGAUAAGUACUCUAACUUUUCAGAUAUUAAGAAUAAACUGCUGAGUUCAUCAAAGCUAGGACCAGAUGAUAGAAAUACUAAACUCAGAUCAGAAACUAAUUAAUCUAAGAUAUAAGUUAAUCUUGAAAGACCUUCUUCUUCUUAAAUGAGUAAUAACAAAGACAGAUUCAACACUCAACAGGAAUUAAUGGAUAAGCAGAUUUUUCAAAGACUUAAUAUGAUGGGUAUGGGUGCUGAAAAUGGAAAACAUUAAAAGUUCUCUAUGGAGAGUGACAUUAGUGGAUACUAAUUCUUAACUCAGAGUGAAAAAUUCUCUUCAAAUAGGAAUCUUAUUUCUCAUAAUCAAGACUAGCAUUAGACUUUUCAUCCAACUUAAGGAAACGAUGAAUUGUCAUAAAAUUUUUCCUGA